AUGUCAACCGUGCAGAACCAUACGCAUCGGCAAUACAAGCAAGCUCUUCUGUUUCGCAUUAUUCCUGUCAUCAUCUCCGGUCCGCGAGCUACUAUCGAAACCUUUGCUUUUCUGGAUGACGGCUCGGAUCUCUCGCUCAUCGACAGCAGUCUGGUGGAGCAACUGGGAGUCAACGGUUGGACCGAACCUUUGUGCCUGAAGUGGACAGGAAACGUCACCAGAGUCGAGCCAGAAUCGAAAAACGUUCGAAUUACGAUCAAGGGAACAAAUAGUCAAAAACUGUUCUCUCUCAACGAUGUCCGCACCGUGAAGGAGCUCACGUUGCCGGAACAGAGUCUCAACUAUGAUGAGCUAUCACAACGCUAUCGUUAUCUUCAAGGUUUGCCUAUCGACAACUACGCGAAGGCAGUUCCUCGACUCUUGAUAGGUGUGAACAACGUGAGCCUUACAGUCCCGCUGCAGGUGAAAGAAGGCAAGAGAGGUGAACCUAUUGCCGUGAAGACUAGGCUAGGAUGGUGUAUCUUCGGUGGCAGUGGAAAUGAAGGUGCACAUUCGCUGAAUUACCACACUUGUGAGUGUCACAGUGAUCAGCAGCUACAUAACGCAGUGAAGGAUUACUUCCUGAUAGAAGAUGCGGGGGUAAAGCCUUCAGUACAGCUGGAAUCAGAAGAGGACAAGCGUGCUAGAAGAAUCAUGGAGGAGACGACUACCCGAGUAGAUGAACGGUUCGAAACGGGUCUGCUGUGGAGAUACGACAACAUCGAGUUUCCGGACAGCUACAAUAUGGCGGUUAAACGAUUUGAGUGUCUGGAGCGCAAGAUGAAUCGGGAUCCUGAGCUAGCGGCUAAUAUUAAGAAGCAGAUAGCAGAGUACCAGAUCAAAGGCUAUGCACAUCGAGUGACGGAAGACGAAUUAGCGCAAGCGGAGCCGAAACGAGUGUGGUAUCUACCGUUAGGCGCAGUGACCAACCCACGGAAACCGGGUAAAGUUCGGCUUAUUUGGGAUGCGGCAGCGAUAGUGGAUGGAAUAUCCCUGAAUUCCAUGCUGCUGAAAGGUCCAGACCAGCUUACAUUGCUUCCAGCCGUUUUGUCAGGCUUUCGGCAGUACAAGGUGGGAGUUUCUGCGGACAUCAAAGAAAUGUUCCACCAGAUGUUGAUUCGUAUGAGGGACCGGCAUUCUCAACGCUUCGUGUUCCGGAGCGAUCCGUUGGAGCCACUCGAAAUAUACCUUAUGGACGUGGCAACAUUUGGAUCCACGUGUUCGCCGGCUUCGGCACAGUAUAUCAAAAAUAGAAAUGCCGAAGAAUACGCUGAACAAUUCCCAAGAGCAGUGGAGGGAAUUCUGAAUAACCACUACGUGGAUGAUUACCUCGACAGUUUCGAGAACGAGGAAGAAGCAGAACGAGUAUCGCGUGAAAUCAGAUCGAUUCACGAGAAAGGAGGAUUUCAGCUUAGGAAUUGGCUUUCAAACAGCAUCGCAGUACUUCGUGAGUUGGAAGAGGAGGAUCCGAAGGCAAGCAAAAGUCUUUGCCUGAGCGCCGUGGACAGUAGCGAUCGAGUACUGGGCAUGUUGUGGCACACUACCGAAGACGAGCUGCGGUUCUCGAUGGAUUUGAAGGAGGAGAUUCAGCGGGUGAUAGACAACGGUGAGCGGCCAACCAAACGGCAGAUGCUUAAAUGCUUGAUGGGGAUAUUCGAUCCUCUGGGAAUCCUAAGCGUAUUUCUAGUUCACGGAAAGAUCCUUCUCCAAGACGUUUGGCGAGCUGGAAUACAGUGGGACGAAAGAGUGCCAGAAGAUAUAUUUGGUCGCUGGAUCAAGUGGACCAGCCUUUUCCCUAAGAUCAGCCACCUGCGGAUCCCACGAUGUUAUUUCAAGGACGCAAUCAAGAAAACGUAUGAACAGCUUCAGCUACACAUUUUCGUGGAUGCAAGCGAAUCCGCAUUCUCCGCUGUGGCGUAUUUCAGGGUGGUCAACGCUAAGGGCGAAUCAGAAUGCUCGAUAGUAGCAGCGAAAACAAAGGUCGCACCUCUGAAGCCACUCUCGAUUCCCCGCUUGGAGUUGCAAGCAGCGGUCCUUGGCAGUCGUUUGAUGUCGUUCGUUCAGGAAUGCCACACCGUCGAAGUGAAGCAGCGUUUCCUGUGGAGUGACUCCGCAACUGUGUUAGCCUGGUUGCGUGCCGAUCAUCGCCGGUACAAACAGUACGUUGCAUGCAGAGUAGGGGAAUUGUUGUCUACGACGGACGUAGCAGAGUGGCGAUGGGUUCCUAGCAAACUAAACCCUGCAGAUGCUGCUACAAAAUGGAGCAAGAACCCUUGCCCGAAAGUCACCGACGAGUGGUUCAAGGGUCCGGAAUUUUUACGGUUUCCCGAAGAGAACUGGCCGAAACAGGUGAAAACUUCGGCGCAACCUGACGAGGAACUACGAACCUGCUUUGUAAUCAAAGGAACGACGAUUCCAGAGAUUGUGGUGGACUUUUCCCGUUUCUCAAAGUGGCGGCGACUUCUGGGAGCAGUAGCGUACGUACAUCGUUUCGUGGACAACUGUCAGCGUAGACAACGAAGAGAGAAGCCGGAAUUGCUGUACCUGAGCCAAAAUGAACUACGAAAAGCGAAGGAUACGAUAAUGCGGAUGGUGCAAUGGAACGAAUAUCCGGAGGAGAUGAUCCUGUUCUCGAGAGGACACACGGAGCUACCCAAAACAAGCAGCUUAUACCAGUUAACGCCGAUGCUGGACGAGAACGGAGUUCUACGAGUCGAAGGAAGAAUUGGAGCGGCACCGCAUGCAUCGUUCGAUGCCAGAUUCCCGGUGAUCCUCCCGAGAAAGCACCCGGUGACAAAGCUAGUGGUAGAUGAUUUCCAUCGAGCCUUUCGCCACGGAAAUUCCGAAACGGUAGUGAACGAAGUCCGACAGUACUACAACAUUUCCCGAUUGAGGACGGUGGUGAAGCAAGUUUCAGCAACGUGCCAGUGGUGCAAGGUGAAGAAGACGUAUCCCACGGUUCCACGAAUGGCGCCGUUGCCGGUGGCUCGUUUGUCGUCGUUCACUCGACCAUUCACCUACACCGGCAUCGAUUUCUUCGGGCCGUUAUUAGUGAAAGUAGGGAGGAGUGCUGCUAAACGCUGGAUCUGCCUAUUCACUUGUCUCACUACACGCGCCGUUCAUGUCGAGGUUGCUCACAGCCUUUCUACACCGUCGUGCAUCAAGUGCAUACGUCGUUUUGUCUGCCGCCGAGGGGCGCCGGCAGAAAUCUAUACCGAUAAUGGUACCAACUUCAAAGGUGCCGAACGUCUGCUGCGGGAGGAGCUCGAGUGUAUACACAGCGAAUUGGCAGCGACGUUCACUAAUACAGAUACGAAGUGGAAUUUCAUUCCGCCAGGAGCACCUCACAUGGGCGGAGCGUGGGAAAGGAUGGUACGGUCGAUUAAGUCGGCUAUGGAGGCAGCUUACAACAACGAUCGGAAACUGGACGACGAGGGACUAGGAACACUAGUAGUCGAAGCCGAGGGCAUUGUUAACAGCCGUCCGCUUACCUACUUGCCCCUAGACGCUGCCGAAGGGGAAGCUCUGACGCCAAAUCACUUCCUCCUAGGAAACUCAACGGGUGUUCGCCAGCCUGCAGUAACGUUCAGUGACGCGGCUUCCGCGGUUAAGACUUCCUGGAAUCUAAUACAAUAUCAACUGGACGUGUUCUGGAAGCGUUGGAUUCGGGAAUAUCUCCCGAUGCUGACCAAACGGAUGAAGUGGUUUGGAGAAGUAACGCCUGUUGCUGUUGGGGAUCUAGUCCUUGUAGUGGACGACGCCCGUAGGAACGGAUGGAUUCGAGGAAGGAUCAAGGAUGUCGUGGCUUCGGAAGACGGACGAGUUCGGCAAGCUAUAGUUCAGACUGCGAGGGGGAUGUUACGUAGACCGGUGUCGAAGUUGGCCGUGUUGGAGGUUGAGUCUGGUGGUAAAACUGGAACCGGUGGCCAGUGUUACGGGGGGGAGGAUGUUGCUGCCAGCACUGCCCCGCGGUGUAACCGCAACCGAACGACAUCACCGCUUCAACUGGCGAACGGUGUUACCAAGACUUAA